GGCGAACAAGUUUUGUUUGACCUGCUGGAAUUGGUCGGGACGGGACGGGAGUUAUUCUUUCUUGAAAUGAAUGUAACCAACUGCCUGCUAUUGUGCCUUGGAGGCUUGCUAUUUUGCACACACUUUUGUCAGAGCAUUGAGCCCUUGACAAUUGGGGCUGCCAUAGGGAUUAGCACCGUCGGCUUAACAUAUUUCAAGAGCCAGACCUAUUGCCGGUUUUAUGAAUGCUGCGACGACAGAAGCAUUCCUGCCAAUAUAACCGCGCUGCGGUUGUCGCUGGAAAAAACACUAUACGGCCAGCAUAUUGUGGCCCAGCACAUCAUACCAGCACUGACAGCGCACUUUAGCGCCCAGAGCAAGUCGCGAAAGCCGCUGGUGCUUAGUUUUCAUGGCCAGCCGGGCACCGGAAAGAACUUUGUGGCCGAUCAGAUUGCCAAAGCUCUCUACUUGGAGGGAUCGAAUAGCGGUUAUGUUGUGAAGUACCUGGGACGAUCGGACUUCCCACAAGCCGAGUUUGUUGGCAUUUACAAGGAACGCAUUAGCAAUGAGGUACGCUCUCAUUUGAGGAGUUGUCCACGCUCCCUGUUCAUAUUCGAUGAGGUGGAUAAGAUGCCCAGUGGCGUGUUGGACACGCUCACCUCGCUGGUGGACUACAAUGCCUUCACCGAUGGCACCGACCACACAAAGGCCAUAUUCAUUUUUCUGUCAAACACUGCCGGCACCCAUAUCGCCGACCAUUUGGGUAAUAGCAUGAAGGCGGGAAAACUGCGCGAGGAUACACGCCUGAGCGACUAUGAGCCGCUGCUGCAGAGAGCUGCCUACAACAUGGACGGCGGCAUGAAGAAAACUAGUCUGAUUGAGGCACACGUCAUCGAUCACUACAUACCAUUCCUGCCGCUAGAGAAGGCGCAUGUUGUGCAGUGCCUGGAGGCGGAGUUCCGGCGGUGGGACAAGACGCCCGAUAGGGAUAUCAUCAACGACAUCCUAUCCUCAUCGAUCAGCUAUGAUCGCAUGCAUGGCCUGUUUGUCAGCUCCGGCUGCAAGACCCUCGAGAAGAAGGUGGCCAUGGCCAUUUACUAGCUUUACAAACGAAAACGUACUUGCACUUGCAUUUGAUAUUAUUUUAUUGUUGUUAAAGGAAUAAAGCAGCCACAGGCAUAUUUUUCUUUA